GAUCCCCAAGAAAAUGUGUUAUUGACACUUGUCCAUGAUAAUUGUGAUAAUUGUGAGUUGCAAGACAUUUGGGGAUAACUUUGACAAUCGGCCAUAAAGAUGCUCGUGUAAAAGACCAAAAUUAAAACAUAGUGUAGCACUAUCCCUUUGAUUUCUCAAAAUUAACUACUUUCGAGUUUCAAACCAUGUGUGUAUGAAAAAUAGACUUUUGGUUUCAUUGUUCCUUCAGCCUCCUUCAGUCUAAUUCUUCUUCCUAUAAAUAGACUGCCAUCGAGGCCAAACCUUUCACCGAUUCCCAUAAAACACUCCUUUUAUCACUAUUUGCCACUUCAAUUUUUGAAACUUAAAGCAGCACACUGUAGGAGGAGCAAAUGGAGUUUACUAGAAAGAAUAAACAGCUUUUAUCUAGGAAAGCCACUAACGACGGACAUGGAGAGAAUUCACCGUAUUUUGAUGGGUGGAAAGCGUACGACAGCGACCCUUACCACCGCUCUCAGAAUCCUAAUGGGGUCAUCCAAAUGGGACUAGCUGAGAAUCAGCUUUGCUUUGAUUUGAUCAAAAAGUGGAUACUCGAAAACCCUGAUGCCUCCAUCUGCACUGCUGAAGGAGUUGAUAAGUUCAAAGAUAUUGCUAUCUACCAAGAUUAUCACGGCCUGAAAGAGUUUAUAGAGGCUCUGGCAAAGUUUAUGGGAAGGGUAGGAGGAAACACGGUCACAUUUGAUCCAAACCGUAUAGUUAUGAGCGGCGGAGCCACAGGAGCAAACGAGACGGUCAUGUUUUGCUUGGCCGACCCCGGCGACGCUUUUCUUGUACCUUCACCUUAUUAUCCAGCAUUUGCCCGGGACCUAAGAUGGCGCACUGGGUUAGAAAUAGUUCCAGUUGACUGCAAAAGCUCAAACAAUUUUCGUAUAACAAGAGCAGCCCUGGAAGAAGCCUAUGAAAAAGCUCAAAGAUCAAACAUCAAUGUCAAAGGCGUGAUCAUAGCAAACCCCUCAAACCCUUUAGGCACAAUCUUGGACAGAGAGACAAUGAGAAGCAUAGUCAGUUUUAUUAACGAACAGAACAUCCACCUUGUCUUCGAUGAAAUCUAUGCAGCUACAGUCUUCAGCUCUCCUAGAUUCAUUAGCAUUGCUGAGAUUAUACAAGAUAUGGAUUGUAACCGUGAUCUGAUUCACAUUGUUUACAGCUUGUCCAAGGACAUGGGAUUUCCUGGUUUUCGAGUUGGCAUUGUUUACUCAUUCAAUGAUGUAGUUGUGAAUUGUGCCCGCAAGAUGUCAAGUUUCGGAUUAGUCUCCUCGCAAACUCAAUACUUACUUGCUUCAAUGCUUUCUGACGAGGAUUUUGUUGGGAAUUUCCUAAGGGAAAGCUCAAAGAGGUUAGCCAAACGGCACCAUGUGUUCACCAAGGGACUCGAACAAGUGGGGAUUUCUUGUCUAAAAAGCAAUGCUGGUUUGUUUUUCUGGAUGGACAUGCGACCCCUCCUUAAAGAACAAACUGUCAAGGGAGAAAUGGAAUUGUGGCGUGUGAUUAUCGAUGAAGUGAAACUCAAUGUUUCUCCAGGUUCAUCUUUCCAAUGCUUGGAACCUGGCUGGUUCAGGGUCUGCUUUGCAAACAUGGAUGGUGAGACCGUGGAAGUAGCACUUGACAGAAUUCGAAAAUUUGUGCUUCAAGGAAAGGAAGAAGAUCAUGCGGUGCCAGAGACGUCAAAACGUUGGCAAAAGAAAAAUCUUCGCCUCAGCUUCUCUUCCUCUAGGUUAUACGACGAGAGUAUCAUGUCUCCACCCAUGAUUUCCCCUCACUCCCCGAUACCUCACUCGCCCCUCGUUCCGGCGAUGACUUGAGUAAUAAUUACAACGUAGCAUUGCAUGUCUAAUCUUCGUAGUUCAUCGUAUUCAUCUUUAAUUAGUAAUUUAAGUCAUAAAAGUUCAAUAGGAAAUUCAUUGUCAUAGAUAUCAUUUUUAAGAGAUUAUUAUGGCUCAGAUUAAUUUGGUACUUAAAUCUUUUUGGUCUGACGCCGAUUUAUUAAACCUCUUGAUUUAGAGCUUAGGUGGAGAAUAAUAAUCUUUUUCUCUAAUUAAUUUUUUCCAAAUUAUAAAGUCUAUGCUGUAUGUAAGCAUUAUUUUUGUGGAGAUAUGCAUUGUACUAGUAGUAAUUGUUCUAUUCUAGGAGUCUUAGUUUGUACCAAGAUGUUUGAUUAUAGUAAUAAUAAUAAUAAAUGUGAUUUAGGAUUCUAAUUAUUUUU